AUGAUGAAUCGAACCCAUUGUUAUUGGUUUUCUAGUAUUAUUACCAUCUUUUCCUUCCUCCUAAUCCACGCUCUCGCUUCUCUUUCGCUCCAAGUUUGCCGCCACGACCAGAGGGAUGCUCUUUUGGAAUUCAGAGACGAGUUUCCGAUCGAUGCGUCUAGCCCAAGUCCGUGGAAUAAAAGCAACGAUUGCUGUUUUUGGGAAGGUGUCACGUGCGAUGAUAAAUCUGGUCAGGUGAUAUUACUCGACCUUAAUAACACCUCUCUCAACAACUCUUUGAAAAGUAACAGUAGUCUUUUUAGGCUCCAAUAUCUUCGUCACCUUGACCUUAAUAGUUGCCAUCUCCAAGGAGAGGUUCCUUCUUCACUAGGAAACCUCUCUCGUCUCACAUUUCUUGACCUUUCUUAUAAUAGUUUGGUAGGUGAGAUUCCGGGUUCAAUAGGCAAUCUAAACCAGCUUAGAAACCUUAGCCUUGGGAGUAACGGUCUCAUAGGAGAAAUUCCUUCUUCAGUAGGAAACUUUUCUCAUCUCUUAGAACUUAAACUUGGGUAUAAUCUGCUGGAAGGUGAAGUACCAGCUUCCAUUGGAAACCUAAAAGAGCUAAGAGUCAUGUGGCUUGGCAAUAACAGCUUAAGUGGCAAUAUUCCUAUUUCUUUUGCCAAUUUAACGAAACUUUCCUAUUUUAGCAUCACGUCUAAUUACUUCACAUCCACGCUACCAUCUGGCAUGAGUGGAUUCCACAACUUGGAGUAUUUUGAUGUUAGUGAAAACUCAUUUCUAGGGCCUUUCCCUAAAUCCCUGUUCUCCAUUUCUUCGUUACAACAAGUUUCUUUGGCAGGAAACCAAUUCACGGGACCUUUAGGGUUUUCGAAUACAUCUUCAUCAUCAUCUAAGCUUCAGUAUCUAACCCUUGCUCGUAACAGAUUCGAUGGCCCAAUCCCUGAAUCCAUAUCUGAAUUUCUCAACCUCGGAGCGUUAUAUGUUAACGACAACAAACUCACUGGACCAAUCCCUAGAUCUACAUCAAAGCUAGUCAACCUAGAGUAUCUUUGUCUUUCCAACAACAUUUUGGAAGGAGAAAUACCAGGUUUCUUGUGGAGAUUGACGGCGCUGUGGCUUUCUCGCAAUUUUUUCAGCAGUUUUGAGAAAUCUUCACAAGAAACACUGAUCGAAGAGUUGAACGUGCGUUCAAAUUCAUUCCGUGGACCAUUUCCCCAUUGGAUCUGCAAGCUUGAAGGGUUACGCUUGUUAGAUUUGUCUAACAAUCUCUUCAAUGGCUCGAUUCCUCCAUGUUUAAGGACUUCUAAUCUAUUCGAGCUAAAUUUGCAGAAAAACAGUUUCAGUGGAACUCUUCCAGAUAUAUUUACCAAUGCUACUGAGUUACGAUCAUUCGAUGUUAGUCUCAACCAGCUGGAGGGAAAGCUUCCAAAGUCAUUGAUCAACUGCAAAGCUCUGCAACUUGUGAAUGUGGAAAGCAACAAAUUCAGAGACAAGUUUCCAUCAUGGUUAGGAUCUCUACCAACAUUACAUGUUCUCAGCCUCCGGUCAAACGAGUUCUACGGACCGCUGUAUCGACGCCACGUGUCCAAUGCUUUUCAGAGCUUAAAAAUCAUCGAUAUAUCACAUAAUGGUUUCACCGGAACUCUUCCACCUUACUAUUUUUUCGAAUGGCGUGAAAUGACUCCGUUAGCUGAAGAAGAUGACUGGUACAUGGGAAAUGUUACGACUUAUUCUACUUUCUAUCAGUCCAUGGAGAUGGUGAAUAAAGGAGUAGAUAUGAGCUUUGACCGGAUCCGACAAGACUUCAGAGCCAUUGAUUUUUCUGGAAACAGAUUAUAUGGGAAAAUCCCCGAAUCUAUUGGCUUCUUGAAGGGAUUGCGUCUUCUCAACUUGUCAGGUAACGCUUUCACAAGCGAUAUCCCACGAGUCUUGGCAAAUUUGACAAAUCUCGAGGCACUAGACCUAUCCCGGAACAAGCUGUCAGGUCAAAUCCCUCAAGAACUUGGUAACCUCUCAUUUCUGUCAUACAUGAACUUCUCCCAUAACCUGCUCCAAGGUCCAGUGCCACGAGGCACACAGUUUCAAAGGCAGAAAUGUUCUUCGUUCUUGGACAACCCUGGACUUUUUGGUCUCGAAGAUAUAUGUGGAGAAACCCAUGUCCCGAAUCCUACACCAUCACAACAACCAGAGGAAUUGUCAGAGUCGGAGGAACAAAUAUUCAAUUGGGUAGCAGUUGCAAUAGCCUAUGGACCUGGUGUUUUUUGCGGAUUGGUGAUUGGACAUAUCUUCACUUCACACAAUCAGUGGUUCACAGAAAAGUUUGGUCGAAGAAAAGUUAGAGUCACCACAAGAGCUCGUUAA